AUGUCGACCACCGUAGCUUCUGGUCAAGUUACCUCUCCGACAUGCUGCUCAAGCCCUAACUUUUUUUUGUAUACACUGGUGGUGCUGGCGUCUCUGGUGCCGCCGUUCGGCGCUGUGGUGCCCACCGUGGCUGGUGUCGUCUGCUGGUGCAGCAGAGGGUUCCGCCAUGGAUGGUACUAUGGUGCUACGCCUUCACUGCCUCGACUCUUCACUGCAUCGACGCUCCUUCUGCAUCGAGAUCUCCAGCAAACAAUCCCGUGCCCUGUCGCCGCCCACCUCGCGCUCGAUCCACGGUCCGGACGCCAUCGCCGCCGGCCUCGCGCUCGAUCCAAAGUCCGGACGCCAUCGCCGCCGGCCUCGCGCUCGAUCCAAAGUCCGGACGCCAUCGCCGCCGGCCUCGCGCUCGACCCCGUCGUCAAGCCGUCGUCCCGGAGGUCGCACCCCCCUCCCCCAAGCUCCACCCCACAUCCACCCAUCCUCGCACUCUGCCCCCUCUCCCCGAGAUCGAGCCGCGGUCCUCGCACUCCACAAUCCGACGGCCGUCCUCGUGUCCUCCUGACAUCCAGCCGUCUCGUCCUCGCGAAUCUCCAUCCCUGCUACCUCCGGGGCUCCAUCGUCGUGCUCCCGCUGCUGCCGGAUCUGCUGCUAUCGGGGCUCCAUUGCCGGCCUCCCGCUGCUGCCGGACAUGCUGAUGCCAGGGAUCCAUCUCCAGGCUCAUUACGCUGCUACCGGACCUGCUGCCGGGGCUCCAUGUCCUUCGAGCUGUGCCCCUCCCGAAUCCAGCCGUCCCCGUGCCUUGAGAUACUUGGAAAAUUUGAUAUUAAUGGUGCAUCAUGGACAAAACGUGGUUGUCUAAGCCUAGAUGAGUCGACAACGAAGCUCGGGGACGUGAUAUGGCGCUCGGUGUAGGUGGCCAUGGUGGACCUGAAGCUGGCUGAGAUAAGCGAUGGGAUCAAAGAUGCCAAGAAGACAACUAAUGUGCCAGGAAUUGCAGGUACUUAGCCACACCUAGCAUUGGAUGUGAGGAGGACUUGGAGUGUCAUGGAACACAUAUGGCUGUUUGCAGUAUUUUGGACCAACCAACUUCAAUCAUUUCUUGAAUCUUAUGUGUGUUCUGGACCAUUUGGUGCUUCAAGUGUUUGGAGUAGAAACUUUAUGCUCAUGUAUGUGAUUUAUGUGUUCUGGACCAUUGUUUGAAUUAGUUCAGACUAGCAAAUAGUGGCCCUUUGACUUGUGUGUUCUGGAUGGUCAAACUAUGCUUGUGAACCUGUGUGAAUAUAUAUUUAUGUAUGUUUGUGAACCUAUCA